GACAGAUUCAGAAAUAAAACAACAAAACUGACUAAAUAGCGACUUCUUUUUUUAGAACACUGAUCGGGACCGCCUUACUGCGUACCGUCGACAACUGGACAGACUAUACCACUCAAUACAAGAUGGGAAUGAGGGGUGAGCCGUUUGCUUGGUUACUUCAGCGACCCCUAUCUGCCAGAGCGCGACACUCCCUAUGGAGGAGAGGAGGAGGCAAGUAAAGAAGAUGCUGUCAUCCGUUGUCACCGACCUCAGUGGGGGGAUGAUGGCGUCCCAGUGCACGGAGCAAGCCGUGCAGGAGUUCCUGAUGGAGAGAGGAGGGAGGGUCCAACAGAUGGAGCUGAUCGAUCAUUUCCGAUCAAUUUGGGGGAGAAAUGACCAAUCGAAGGAAAGCGUGGAUCGUGAGGUUAUGAAACGCAUCGUGGACAACGUGGGUUUCGUGGAGGUGGAAAACGGCGUGAAAUUUGUUUGUUUAAACACUGAAGGCAGCGCGGAGUCGGUGAUGCGUACGGACACAGACGGCCACGAUCACGCGGAGUGCAACGGUAAUAUCCAGGAGACACUGGACAACAACUAUGUCAACGGCAAUCGUGACAACGGAGACCAAACAGGUUCCACAGGAGCAUCCAGUCCACUGACUGCCAGCCUGGACAAUGACAAACAGUCAAAUGGCAAUGAGCAACCUGCAGCCCCCUCCCAGAAUAAGACCAACACAGUGACUCCUACCUCUGGUGGAGGAGGGGAGGUGAAGCUGAGGGAGAGGAGGAGGCGAGAGUCGGCCCCAGUGAUUGGGAUGCCAGAUCUGGACCAUGCUCACCUUGCAGGGUCCCACAACCAGCAGGUGAGAGGGGCACGCAGGGUGUCCAAAGGGUCCCAGCGGGCCAUGCUGAUCAGCUGCCUCUCUGAAGACAGCGCCUUGGAAGGGCUGGACCCUGUGGGCGAUCUCAACACACCCAAGGGAAGUCGCAGGAACUUCAUAGAGCUGAUGAUGACUAGUUCUCCUCAGGUUCGGAGGUCUCUGAUCAACCGUGGUUCACGCCUCCGGGACUCAGUGAGGAGCGAUGGAGAUUCAACAUCGCUCAUCUCCUCAGCCACUGAUGAGGACUGUGCCUCAGUGACCCUGGACCCACUGGAACACGAGUGGAUGCUGUGCACCUCGGAUGGCCUGUGGGAAAGCCUGCAGCCCCUGCUCACUGUGGAACCUAGCCUAGUGGCCAAGAGAGACUUUGUGACCGGCUUUACCUGCCUCCACUGGGCGGCUAAACAGGGCAAAGCUGAGCUGCUCUCCCAGCUGCUGACCUUCGCCAAGGAGAACGCUAUACCUGUCAAUGUGAAUGCGAGAUCAAGUGCUGGAUACACACCACUACACCUGGCAGCCAUGCACGGACACACACAGGUGGUUCGUGUAUUGCUGUCAGACUGGGAGGCUGACCCUGAUGCUCGAGACUACAGCGGAAGGCGAGCCAUCCAGUACCUGCCCCCACCGCUGGCCGCUGACCUGCAGGAGGAGGGAGUGGUCAUCUCACCGGGAGCUGAGUCAGACAGCGAAAACACUAACAGUGGCAGUGGCGGAGGGCGUGGCUGGCGGUUUCCCAGAGUCCUCCAGGGCAAUCUGAACCCGCUGCGGCUCCUGAACCCACCCGCCGAGGCAGCAGAGGAGGCAGCCGUGACUGGGAGGACCAAGGGGGGGAUGCAGAGGAAGUCGUCUCUGAGCCGACUGAACGCCCGGCUGCAUCGAGGACGCCACCGAGCCCAGAUCAUCCACAGCGCCUCCUUCAGGGACACUGGGGAGGUGGGAAGAGGAGAGGAGCUCCCCAGCAGCCCUCUCCGAACCCGACCACUGUCCAACCUGUUUGGAUGAAGAUACACAAACCAGCGAUAUAGAGAUAUAAACCAGUUUGACUGUUUACUCACCUUUAUAAGCUGACAGGUCAGACAUUUUUGUGACCAAAAUUAAUAAUACACAUCCUAAUUUAUGGUGUCAAGCUGAUUUUAAAGUUUUAUUAUAGGAUUUUAAAUGAAUAACCACAAAUGUAUGUUUUGCUAAAAGUAUAACUUAUUUUUUCCCCCAUUGUAGUUGUUAGGCUUAUGUUGAUCACAGAGGGCACAAUUCAAGUAGCAUUUUAUUUGCCACAACAAUUCAUUGAGUUAAAACUGAGUUCCUGCUCUGUGAUUUGCUUUUGAACUUGUUUUUUGUGUUAGUGGGAUAUUCUAUAAUGUUUUUAGGCUCUGUUAGCAAAUAUUACACCAGGUUUUUAAAUUUAAUACAAUACAAUUUUCACACAAAUGCAAAAGCAACAGGCUUUCACUAGUUUUGACUCACAGUGGUGAGGGAUUUGAAAAUAACACUUAGGUUUGAUUCCACAGAGUUAUCCAAAAUCUUGUUUUUGUUUGCAGAGUAAAGUAAUAUAUUCAUAGAACUAAUUUUCUAUAUUUCAGCUUCCUUUGAUUGGAUGGUGCUGAUUUUUUUUUUUAGUAAAUUUCUGUGAAUGAAUCAUUUUGUAUUUUUAAGUAGCAGAUUUUAGUAUUCAAACUGUUCUACAGAAUUCUUGUAUGUCCAAACAACCAUGUACAGUUGUCAUGUUUGCACUUGUCACUUUGAAGAUAGUUCGUGAUAAUGGGAGGAAACUGGUCAAACUAAAACCACGGCAGCUGUUAUUGGUCCCAUGUCAUACUUAUAAGUUAAUAUUGUAUACACAAUAUAAGAGGGUGAUCAAAUUGUUACACCUUUUAGAUGUAUAAUGUACUGUUUAUAUAAAUGCACAAAUGAGACUAUGUAAUUUUUUCCUAUACCUUUCACUUCUGUUGAUCAAUAGUUGACACCAAAAGAAUGUACAAAGUGUUAAAAGUUAGGUAGUUACACUGAUGAGGGGGUAUUUCCAGGCUGCCGUGGCUUUAGUUAGAUCCAAGUACCUUUUUGUAAAGACACCGAUCAGUUUCACAGUAGGGCUGUUUCACAGGGUGGAAGCACAGGAGGAACUGAUGUUGUUUAUGUGAGUUUUUCAAACAGAGUAUAAUGCACCUCAAAUCCUCUGAGUCUGGUUCACUCAUUGUAACGUUGCUUCUUUGUGAGGGAGUUUAAGCGGUGUGGGCCUCUUAAUAGCAGAUUGCAGUGUUUUUGAGCAAAUCUUCAAUUUGUAAAAUGUAUUAUAUUUACCAUUUUCAUUUCAAAGAACAAUUCUAAACCAUCACAUAGAUUCACAAUUUCAUGCAGAAUUGUCUCAUGUCCAAAUCUAAUUUCUUGAAAAGUUUUUAAAACAGCGUAGCACUGAUUACUUCUACAGUAAAUAUGCAACCAAACGAACUGAUUCAUAUCUACCUUAUCACUCUGGACCAGAUUUUAUAUUUAAUAAAUUGCCUAUAUUGACCUCUUGUAUUGGUCUAAUCUUGCAUGUAAACAAUAAUUUUGUUCAUUAAUCAUGUCUGCAUCAUCUGUGGAUGGUAAAGAGUCUAGACCAGAAUAUGUUGUAUGUUUAGCUGAGGAGUACAGUGACUUUUCGACUGUUUUCCCAAAUAUGUGAACCUUUCUUACAUCUGAUUUUUGUAUCAAUGACACAUCCGAGAUUUCAUGAAUGUUCCCUUAGUAUUUUGUAGCAUUUGUACUCAAAUCAUAGGGCUUCAUGUAAUUGUACGUUUGACUCUUUUGAUGUAGAAAUGUAUUGUACAAACCUACUUUGAUGUCGCUUUUUCAGUUGCAUGAAUAGGGGAAAUGUAAAUGCUUUGCACUGUUAUUUGUAUGUCUGUAAGUCAUUGUGUCUGUCGUCUGUGAAAUACUGUGAAGUUAUGUGGUGUGAAUACACUGUUACUGAGCCACUGUCAUUUUUCUCUUUGUGUCUCAUCCUUGAAUGUUAAAUAAAGCAAUAAUGGUUUGCAUAAAACUAAA